AUGACACAUUCUAUGUGGGAAGGUGGCGACUUCAGAUUUAUAUUUUUAUCCUAUAAAGAGCCUUUCACUCUCGUUUUUAACCAGAACAGCACAGGAAGACAACGGCUGACUACAGAGGUGCAAGGAAUGCCUCAAUCUGAGAGAGACAAAAGAGUGAGUGGGAGAGAAAAUGAACGAGAGCCACCACUAAAAGAAGAGCGGGAUGCAUCUCCCCCUCUGUUAUACAAAUCUUCUUCACCACGGCCCGUGGAACAUCUUUCUUCUGGGGUACGUUGUAGAGCUGCUGAUGAGGAACGGUUGCAGUUUCUUCAGCUGGUGUUUCAGAAUUCUCAGUCUGGCCCAAUCAGGCCAUCUGUACUUCGCUCUCCGGCUCUCCUGCUUCAGGCAAAUGAGAGCAACCCAACAGCCUUGAACAGAAGAAAAGACACAGGUCACAGUGCGCAGAAUUCCAUCCAAGCUGUUUCUGGAUCAAGCCAGCACAGGAAACAAUCUUCCAGCUUUCAUUCUCACAGCCCAGUCGAGUCAGAAAUCCAGAGAUCCAACUCUUUUUUUGUAAACGGACAAUGUCGCUGGCCAGGCUGUGACAAAGUCUUUGAAGGGUAUACACAUUUUCUGAGACAUCUGAACCGAGACCACAGCACAGAUGAGAAAACGAUUGCACAGUGGCGAGUUCAGCAAGACCUGGUACGCCACAUGGAGAAUCAGCUCAUUCAGGAGAAGCAGAAACUUCACGCCAUGCAACUUCACCUUCAUCUGUUUGAAUGCAUCUCGACGCGUACCGGAGUUGCUACAGGCUGGUGGAGGCCGCUGGCACAAAAUUUGCCCCGGGUGGGGGAGCCAGAUGGCAGGACAGAAAGAGCUAGUGAAGCACCAGUACGACAGGAACCCUGGCACAUACCCCUACCAUACCUGCUGCCAGAUUUUGUCAGCAGUGUUGAAUACUACAAAUAUGCCAAUAUACGACCUCCAUAUACAUAUGCUUUCUUAAUCAGAUGGCUUGAUGGGAAUGGAUCCAUCUCUCAUGAUGCUUCAGCCUGUGCUUUUGUGUUCCUCUGCCACCACAGGCUUUUGCUCACCCUUACAUUCCAGUGCCACUAUAUGAAUUCCAUUCCAAUGCCAUUGAUGGCUUUUGCUCACCCUUACAUUCCAGUGCCACUAUAUGAAUUCCAUUCCAAUGCCAUUGAUGGUGGUGUGACUGAGUUUGUACUGGCGUGGGCCCCACGUGCUGACGUACCAGCCAUCAAGCGCCCAUAUUCUCUGGUCUCAGCAGGAGGUAGACAGGCAGUGUUUUUCUGGAAAGGCCCUGGUCAUCCAUUCAGGUUUGAGAAACUUCAAGCUGGGCUUUUCUCCCCAAACACAGACCAUCCCAGUUGCACAGCAGAAUUUCCUGCACCGCAUCUGCAAUCUCCCUCACCUUGA